AUGCCCCCAAUAUCUGGUGAGGCAGCAGGCUCUCUCCUGGGUGCACAGGGCGCCAAGCCACUGUGGGACGACCUCGCAGGGGACGGUUUUGAUCUCGAACAGCCGGAUGAAGAUAUCGCCACUGCUGUGGUAACAAGCGUCUCUGGUCCCUGGCUUUACUGUUUCCAUCCGACAAUCAACCCAUCGUCAAAGCCGCGUAGCGUUCUCAUCCUUGGCGGUGGCGGCUAUGUGCAGCUCAUGGUGGGACGAGAGGGACUCGCUGUUGCGAAAUGGCUUGCCGGUCUCGGCUUCUAUGCUUUUGUGCUGGUCCACCGUUUUCCAACCGCUGAAACGCUACCUCAAGCCCCAGUGGACGAUGCUCGUCGCGCUUUGGUGAUCAUCCAGGAAUGGAGCCGAGAGUUGGUCGCUCGCGACUGGGACAGUAUCGGUGUCUGCGGCCUUUCUUCAGGAGGGCAUCUUGCUGCCUCUCUUCUCGCAGCCUAUCCACAGGGCUGGAGACCAAGGUCGUCUGAGUUGCCGCCCAGACUUGACUUCGCGAUUAUCGGGUAUGGCCCCAUCUCGACGAACGCAAAGGGUCGAACGAUUGUCGCCGAAAAGGCACCACUUGAACCCCCCGAGAAACAGGAGCUUUACGACACUGUGCAGCCAGAUGUGCAGUUGAAGGCUGGGGCACCACCGACUUUCAUAGUAUACUCUGGCAGUGACCCAGUAGUCCCGGGCGUUAAUGCCUAUCGUCUGGCAGAAGGCCUCACCCAAGCUGGGAGUCAAGUCGAGUUGCACGUCUUUGCAGAUGCUCCGCACGGUUUUGCCCUGGACAUAAAGGAUCUGCCCGUAUCUGAGUGGCCGGAAAUAUGUGCGUCGUGGAUGAAGCAGGUUGGCCUCAGGGAAGCUUCACAAAAUUAA